AUGGGAUUCGUUUUUCUCGGCACCGCACUCAUCCUCUAUUCGUACGUCAAGAAUGUUUACCCACACAUGCUGCUUUGCCGACUCUUGUUCUCCCUCGGCUCUGCAGCCUGCACAUGUAUGAUGACCGGUACACUCGGGGAUAUUGCGGGCGGCCAGCAUGAGCGCGGGAGAGUCAGCGCUAUCGUGGGAAUGUUUGCAGGACUCGGAGGACUGGUCUCCGGCAUGGUCUUGAUCCAGGUUCCCUAUCAGCUGGGCACGCUGGUGAAGGACGAUGCCGAGGGUAUCCAGUUAGCGUUGAUUAUCGUCGGUGGCUGUGCGAUCGCAUUGGCGUGCGUCUUUGCGUUUACAAUGCCGAAUGUGAAUGUACGUCAUAGCGGUGGUGAUGGUGCUGUGAAGUACUUUAAAAGGCUGUUCAAGCUGGUGCAUAGCGAAAUAGUUAGUGCGGUGACGAAGGCGCCGUCGCUAUCGUCAUCGUUCGAGAGGUUGGUGACGGAGAACCCGCUCAAGUUACUGAAGUACGGAAUCUUGGCUGGACGCGACCCACACGCAUCGCGCUCGCGUACUUCUCGAGCCCGCGCAGACACAGUUCUGUUCACCUCCUACAUGAUUCUCUGGGUCGUCCAGCACUAUGUCGAUCUUGGUUGGUGUAGAAACGGCCAAUCCUGCGGUGCCGCCGCUGGUGACACACACACGCUGACGGGUAUGGGCCAAGGCGUCUGCCUGGCCUUCGCACCACUCUUCGGAUAUGCCGGUGAGAAAUUCAAGAAGCCAACCGUCCUUGCCGUCGCUGGUAUCAUUGGUGCUAUCGGAUCCCUACCCUUUGCGUUCACUAAGGAAGCCCCAGGCCACAUAUCCAACUUUGUGUUCGUGUGCAUGAUCGGUAUCGGCCAGAUGGGUAUGAUCGUCACGGGCAUGACGCUGGUCAAUGGCAUGUACAUCAACCCCAAGUACCGCGGCAGCGUUGCAGGUGUGUUCAGUUUCUGUGGUGCGAUUAGUAUCAUGAUCAUGGUCAAGCUGGGAGGACGUCUGUUUGAUGUCUGGAUGAGGGGCGCGCCCUUUGUGCUGAUGGGGAUCGCGCAUUUGUCAGUCGCGAUCUUUAGUGUCUACGUCCGGAUUGUCUGUCCGAGACUUGAGCAACGAGAUCGUGAGAUGUUUGCGAAGGAGGAGCAGGAGAAGGCCACGAGAGGAAGCGAGCCGAAGUCGUCGGAGCUAUAUUAA